AUGGAAAUUCUCAAGGAUAAGACCCCAGGAGCUGGUGGCCAUCGAAACUCAGGCUCGAUCUCCCUUGUGGCCAUUGGAGCAACAUUGAUUCCCACUCUGGUGACGGCUGCAGCUUUCUUACUGGGAUUUGUGCUGCUUCGAUCGAAAUAUCGAAAUAUCUAUGCUCCUCGUACAUACUACCGCACCAUAUCACGAAAGGACCGUACGCCGUCGUCCAGUCACACUUUCGUGUCAUGGUUUCACGACUUUCGCAUGCUGGAUGAUAAGUUUAUCCUCCGCCAUUCAUCGCUCGACGCGUAUCUAUUCUUGAGAUACUUGCGGAUGAUCAUUCUCAUCUCCGUCGUCGGUUGUUGUUUGACUUGGCCGAUUCUCUUUCCUAUCAAUGCCACUGCUGGUGGGGACGCCUCGCAGCUGGACAAAAUCAGCUUUAGUAAUAUCAAUGACUCUAAAAAGCUAUAUGCGCAUGCCAUUGUUGCAUGGCUAUUUCUUGGGUUUAUCGUACUUUUGAUAACGCGAGAGCGGUUAUUCGUCGUCGGUCUCCGCCAGGCAUACCAGACCAUUCCAUUGCAUGCUUCACGCUUGUCAUCGAGAGUUGUUCUCUUCUUAGCCGUUCCUGCAGAAGCACUCGAAGAGGAGAAUCUGCAACGUUACUUUGGCGAUGAUGCGGUAAGAUCAUGGCCUGUUUCAAAUCUUGAGCAUGUUGAGGAUUUAGUCAGCAAACGAGAAAGCGCCAUUGAUAGUCUCGAGCAAGCGGAGUUGCAGCUACUGAAGAAAGGUCUCAAGAAACAAAGAGAUUCGUCUAACGGAGCAAGCGACUCGGCAGAGGUGAACGAUCGCGAUCGUCCCGUGCACAGAUCGAAAUAUCUUGUCGGCAAACGGAUCGACACCCUUUCACGUCUUAGAGAGCAAUUGCCUGAUAUCGUCUCUGAACUCGAUAAAAUCCGUCGAACAGAUUCGAGCGGUAAAAGUAGGCGAACAGGCGCCCUUUUCGUGGAAUUCAAAGAUCAAGUCGCCGCUCACCAAGCAUUUCAACAAGUUCGGCAUCCUUCUCCAUUCGUCUUUCAACCAAAAUAUAUUGGAGUACAACCCAAAGAGGUGAUCUGGCAAAACCUCAAUAUCGACCCGUCGGUACGAAUCACCUACUCCUAUAUUGCAAUUGGAGUGGCUAUGGCGACGAUAAUCCUCUGGUCUAUCCCCGUUGGCAUCAUCGGCACGAUCUCCAACAUCAAUUACUUGACAGAUAAGGUCCAUUUCCUUAGGUUCAUCAACAAGUUGCCAGAUCCAAUUCUGGGACUCAUCACAGGUCUCGUGCCUCCUCUACUCCUGAGCACCGUUGUAUCCUACGUACCUUAUUUCUUCAAAUGGUUGGCCACACUUUCAGGCCAGCCAACAACCAAAGAGACUUCAAAGUGGGCACAGACAUGGAAUUUCGUCUUCCAGGUGGUACAGGUCUUUUUGAUCACGACCUUUUCAUCCGGGGCCGCCGCGGUCGCCACAAAAAUCGCCAAUGAUCCACAAUCAGUACCUAAGUUACUCGCAAAGAAUCUACCCAAGGCAUCAAAUUUCUACUUGACUUACUUUAUUAUUCAAGGCAUUGGAACCGCAUCGAAGAACAUUAUCAACUAUUCUGACUUGUUCCAAUAUCUGUUCUACUAUAACAUGACUAGCAAGACACCCAGACAGAAGUACAACACAUACAUUCAGAUGAAGGGUAUUAGCUGGUUCAAUGUUUAUCCCAAAUUCACCAAUCUCGCGAUUAUCGCCAUCUCCUAUUCAUGCAUAGCUCCGCUGGUGUUAGGGUUCUCAGCUAUUGGAGUGUCCCUUUUCUACCUCAGCUAUCGAUACAAUCUCCUUUACGUCAUUCAAGUAAAGACAGAAACCAAGGGUGAAAGCCUAACCAGGGCCCUACAGCAGCUCAUGACCGGGGUUUAUUUGUCCGAACUGUGCCUCAUAGGUCUUUUCGGUAUCAAGAAAGCCACCGGAGCAUCAACACUAAUGAUUGUUCUCUUCCUCCUCACCACCAUCUAUCACCUAACUGUCAACAAAUACCUCUCCCCUCUUGAACGGUACAUGCCUCUCGACGUCCUCUCUAACACCACCGAGGACGAGGAACAACCACUCCUAGGCGCCGAUCACAGCCGACCCACCGAACAACAACGUCAACAAUCCCGCGUCAUCAAAGUAGGUCACGGCAAACUCCCAACCAUCCUUCUCGACCCCCUUGCCUCAUUUCUCGAACCAAACAUAUUCGCGUCUCAGGAAGCACUCCGCCCCUGGCUACAAGACCCCGAAGGCCAGUUCGAAGAAACAGCCUCCUAUACCAAUGAACAACUUAAGAACGCUUACGUCAACCCGGCGUUGACGUCCAAGACUCCGAAGAUCUGGCUGCCCAAAGACACCAAGGGCCUUUCGGCGCAGGAAGUUCAAGAGAACGAGAAAGUCGGCUUGGACAGCACGGAUCAGGGCGCACAGCUGAACGCAAAGGGUCACGUCGUAUGGAACAUGGAUGAUUUCUCAGAAGUGCCUAUCUUCAAGGAGCCGACGAGGUUUUGA